UUCACCUUCUGUCAGUCUACAUGUUACAUUUCACUGAAAAUGGCCUGUUUUUGCCUGUUGUUAGUUCUGUUAACGGUUACAUCUGGAUGCCGAGCCGACUCGAUGCUGAGUGUGUCAGCCUUUCUGGAAGACAGCAUAGCUCUCCCUUGUGGUCAUUUUUACAAGAAGGAUUUAACGAGCGGCCUCAGAAUGCGAUGGACGAAGUAUUCCACAGACACCAGUGAGAAGAAAGUUAUCCUCUCUUGGCCUGAAACAUCCCAGGAUGCCAAACAUGUGAAAUGGGGAUCUGAUGAGAAAGGCACAAUGUCACUUAUUCUGACUAAUUCACAAAAAUCUGAUGAGGGAAUCUACAGCUGUGAAUUUUGUCUAUUGUGGAAUUGUACUCUCAGAAACAUAUCUUUACGAGUGAAAGACUGCAAAGUCCGUCCAGCAGUGAAGGUAGCACACAGCACGCCCUUUCAACUUAACUGUUCAGUGGACAUAAAGGGACAAAAAGGUCCACUCAAUAUCUCCUGGGCAUUACUGAAAGCAGGCGAGCCUUCCCCCCUCAUCUCUGAAAGGGUUGAAGUGAGUGGCUCAUCAUUGGUGAUCAAGUCUCCUAGUAUCAGUGACAGCUCUUGGUAUAGAUGCAGUUACACUUAUGGGAAAAAUCACGGCUGCUAUGACAUCAGAAUGCACGUCCAAGCUGAAGAUGUGGAGGCGACAACCUUUCAGCAAGUUGAAGAUGUCGAGGCGACAACCUUUCAGCAAGUUGAAAAUGUUGAGGAGAGAACCUUUCAAGCAAACAGGAACACCGAGCAGAGUGGGGACACAUUAACUGCUGCUGUGUCUUCAGUCAUUACUGUGGCUGUUUUCAUCGCUGUACUUGCAGGAGUCUACAUUUACUGGAGACGUUUACAGCGAACCCAGAGGGAUUCAGAAGGUGCAGUGAGAGUGAGUGAGUGCAUCCAUGAUUAUGAUUACCCUGUGAUUCUUAUGCCGUCAAAUGAUCUCUCAGAUUCAAGCCAGCAAUUCAACAGAAUUUACCAUCAGUUGGAAGAUGAUAGCCUAUUUGUAGAUACAUGUAAGUAGGAGUAUCAUAAUGAUAUCAUAAUGAUAUCAUAGCAUACCCAAAUAAUUUUCUUCCCCCCAUACUACACUUUCCGUGUAGGAAACUCUAGAAAAAAUGUCUGAUGGGGAUUGACUGCAUGCCUUGAUGUAUUGUGUCAAAACGUUUCUUAUUUACCUAAAUGUAAAUGUUUUUUAUUUUUAGAGCUGAUCAUCUGUCUCAUUUCAAAUGAAGAGUCUUUUUUUUUUUAUUUCAUUACAACAUUUUAUUCAAUAUCUGAAGG